AAAUGGACAUUGAAGAAUACCGCAAGAGAGGCAAGGAGAUGGUGGACUACAUCGCCGACUACCUCACCAACAUCCGGCAGAGGCGUGUGUUCCCGAACGUCAAGCCGGGCUACAUGCGCGAGCUCGUGCCAGACCACGCACCCAGAAAGGGAGAAUCGUGGGACGACAUCUUUAAGGACAUCGAACGCGUCAUCAUGCCCGGGGUGACCCAUUGGCAGAGCCCCUACAUGCACGGCUACUUCCCGGCCCUCAAUUCGCCGCCGUCGCUGUUAGGCGACAUGUUAGCCGACGGAAUCACCUGCCUCGGCUUCACCUGGGCGGCGAGCCCAGCGAGCACCGAACUGGAGACGAUAGUUCUGGACUGGUUGGCGAAGGCGAUCGGACUGCCCGAUCACUUCUUGCACUCGAACCAACACAGCCGAGGAGGCGGUGUCAUUCAGACCACGACCAGUGAAGGCACGUUGGUGUCGCUGCUGGCGGCGCGAUCAGAUAUGAUUCGCAGCCUGCGUCACGAGUAUCCGGACACUGACGACAGCGACAUCAACGCACGCCUGGUGGCCUACUGCUCGGACCAGGCACACUCGUCAGUGGAGAAAGCCGGACUCAUAGGCAUGGUGAAGAUGCACUACAUCGAUUCGGACGACGACCUCAGCAUGCGCGGCUGGGCGCUCAAGGAAGCCAUGGACAGGGACCGGGCAAAAGGCCUCAUUCCUUUCUUCGUGUGCGCCACUCUCGGCACAACUGGCGCAGUCGCUUUCGACAACCUUCUAGAAGUGGGAGAAUUAUGCGAGCGCUAUUCGGUGUGGCUUCACGUGGACGCCGCGUACGCCGGUUCUGCCUUCAUCUGCCCCGAAUAUCGACACUGGUUGCGCGGAAUCGAAUACGCUGACUCGAUCGUCGUCAACACGUCCAAGUGGAUGAUGGUUCACUUCGACUGCAGCUGCCUCUGGGUGAAAAACAGCAGCACAGUCCACCACGCGUUUAAUGUUGAGCCCCUCUACCUGCAACACGAAAAUUCUGGUUACGCGGUGGACUUUAUGCACUGGCAAGUGGGUCUAAGCCGUCGAUUCCGAAGCCUCAAGUUGUGGUUCGUCCUGAGGAGUUAUGGCGUGGAUGGUCUUCAAGACCACAUUCGCAGGGGCGUUGAGAUGGCCGAGCUCUUCGAGAGCCUCGUUGAAGCAGACAAGCGUUUUGAGAUUCCCUCCAAGCGUCGCCUUGGUGUCGUCGUCUUCAGGCUGAAGGGCCCCAACGCGACCACGGAGAAAUUACUUAAGCGCCUGAAUGCGGGUGGCAAGCUGCACUGCGUGCCGGCCGCCUUCAAGGGCAAGUACGUGAUCCGCUACGUGGUGACGUCGACGCACACCAACGAGAAGGACAUCUUACGCGACUGGGAGAUCAUAUGCCAGACGGCCGACGAGGUGGGCCCACACCGCAUCACACUCGCCGAACUCAAGAAGCAGGAUCCCGAAUUCGGGUCGAGCCUGUUGCUGUCCAACAGCCCGAUGACACCCAAGGUGGUCAACGGCAGCUACGUGGCGCUGUUCGAGGGCGAGGAGGCGCUGAGGCAGCUGGUGAGCCGCUACUCGAACCGCUUCUCGCUCACCAGCAAGGAGAGCCCCGAGCUGCGACGCCGCGUGCGCCGCUUCAUGCUCUCCCAGAAGCAGCUCAGCCUCGACUCGCGCAUGGACCUCGUCAACUCGCUCAUCGCUUCCUCCAGGGGCCUCCAAGCAAUAAUAGCCGCCGCCAUCUGUGCUCAAUGUGUGGAUGCGGCCGGUGGUAGCGAGGACAGCAGCACGGACAGUGGACCCAUCGCCGAGGGAGACGAGGAUGCCGGCGUGGCAGCAGCACAGAAGGCCCUGGCAGCCGCGGGGGCUUCUGGGACCUCUGGUGACCAGACUGGUUCAUGCGUCGGCUGCAGUCGCCCGCUGGCCAGAACCGACUCCCGACACAGCGAGUGAUGACUCCACACCGACACCCUGGACUACUUAUCAACUUCCAAGGAGUGGCGUCGAUUCUACGUUCCCUUCGUGUACUCCUGUACUUUCACUCCCGAAUAGGUUUAGUUCACUUCCUGCACACUAUACACUUCAACUAUUGAGGAACCAACCACACCCACAGUGCUAUAGUUUCCUGCUUGCUCUUCUCUGCCGUAAAGAGCUUACAAUCUGAACAUGUUACCCGGCUCUUUCUGGCAAUCGGCCAUGCC